AAAAUCAUUGGGUUAUAAGAAAAUCUACGGCCUGCAAUCUGACAGAGAAUCCUCUCUUCUCUUACCCCUAAAAGUGCCGGUUUGCCUACACGAACAUCAGGAUCUAGUAAAUCGAUCCCAGAUUUCUCGGAAUCUGAAUCAAAAUUCUGACUCCAUAAUUGUCCCUUAAUGGCUAAGUGUUUUAGCUUCACAGCCUCAAGAGACUGGUGUUAUAGAUACUCUUUUUCCACAUCCGGUCUAAAGUCAUCCACCACCGACCUUGGCGACGGCACCAUCAUGCACUGUUGGGUGCCCAAAACCCCCAAACAUUACAAACCCAAUUUACUUCUCAUCCAUGGAAUUGGCGCCAAUGCAAUGUGGCAAUGGAAUGAAUUUAUUUCCCCAUUGUCCUCCAAGUUCAACGUAUACGUUCCGGACUUGCUGUUUUUUGGCGAUUCAUACACCACAAGGCCGGAGAGGACUGAAGCCUUUCAGGCUCAGUCUGUGAUGAGGACCAUGGAGGCGCACGGCGUGCGUAGAAUGUUCGUUGUAGGGCUGAGCUAUGGUGGGUUUGUUGCGUACAGCCUAGCGGCGCAGUUCCCUCAGGCGGUGGAGAGGGUGGUGAUUGGAUGCGCUGGAGUCUGUUUUGAGGAGAAGGACAUGGAUGAGGGGUUGUUCAGUGUAAAGAGUGUGGAUGAGGCUAUUAGCAUAUUGCUGGCUCGAACGCCGGAGAAGUUGAUGGAGUUGAUUAGACUUUCGUUUUACAAGCCGAUGAAGACCGUGCCUUCUUGUUUUCUCUCGGAUUUUAUUGAUGUUAUGUGUGUAGAAAACUUUCAAGAAAGAAAAGAGUUGGUUUAUGCUUUACAUAGGAACAGAAAACUCUCAGAUCUGCCUAAAAUUACUCAGCCAACACUGAUAAUUUGGGGAGAGUAUGACAUGGUCUUUCCACUGGAAUUGGGCCACAGAUUAAAAAGGCAUUUGGAUGACAAUGCACAGUUAGUUGUCUUAAAGAAUGCUGGUCAUGCAAUUAAUAUGGAGAAGUCGAAGGAACUAUACAAACACUUGAAGUCAUUCCUUAUCUAUCCUGCUCUGUCUAAGAUUGAGAGCAACGGAAACAACCGCAAAGUGGAUUAAAAGGUUCGAAAUACACUUUAGUUAAUUAAGCGGCUGCCAGUUUAAAUUUAGCAUGCAUAUAUUGAACUCGGAUAGCUAUAUUCCAGAAAAUUCAUGCUGUAUUACAAAAUACAUUUUAUAAUACAGAACCAUAAAAUAUAAGAGAAAUGCUUUCUUGCUGAGGAAGCUUGAUCAGUUUACGAUGAAGGGUUGUUUUGAAGCAUUUGAAAGCUUUAUUGUGUGCUAUUUCUACUGCAAUAUUAAGUUGAUUGCUAUAAACUCCAACAGAGGUGUAUACAAAAGUUGUAGAUAUUUGUCCAAGACUUGUCUGUUUGUAAUAUUAAUAUCGAUAUAUAUUUGAAUGAAGAUGUUGUCUAAAGGAUCGAA